GCAACUUCGCCUAAUGUAGAAGGGUACCGUCGCAUAUCCCCGCCAACCAAAACCAAUGAUCAGAUAAAGCUGCCACGUCAAAAAUUGUCGAACAACAUAUAUAUGGACAUGGUAAAUGCAGCUACACAAACUCUUUCAUCAUGGCAGGUAGGCUCGUACUGGAAGAACAAGAUAGUACUCGAGUAUAGCUUUUGAACUUGAGAAAGGCCUCUCAAUCAAUUCUCCAUUCUCCGUUUCUUAGGGAACUCUGCGGUAAUAAGUGGCUGAGUCUUCGAAAUUUGAUGAUAAUGGAAUGGUAAUGUUACAGAUCCUCUGAGUUUUGGGUUUCGUGAAUCGUGAUUCUGAUGAAUGAAGUGAACAUAAGUCAAGGUUCGUAGUCUUAAAAGAAGAAAACGAAGAAGCAAGCCAGAAACAUGUCUGAUAAGGAAUGUUCUCUUCAGCAGGCUGAGAGUACAAUGAGUGGUAUUCGAGGAGCUGAUAGCGAGGAUGUAAGGGAUAUUGAGGAGCCAAUGGCUGUUCAUACUUUUCGACAAGCGCUUAUCCUUGACAACUUGCUGCCUUCACGGCAUGAUGACAAUCAUAUGAUGCUGAGAUUUUUGAAAGCCAGGAAGUUUAACAUUGAGAAAGCAAAAUGCAUGUGGUCAGACAUGCUCCGAUGGAGAAAAGAUUUUGGUGCAGAUACAAUCUUGGAGGAUUUUCACUUCAAUGAGUUAGACGAAGUUCUGCUGUACUACCCUCAGUGUUAUCAUGGUGUAGAUAAGGAAGGAAGACCAAUUUACAUUGAAAGGUUGGGAAAGGUUGACAUGUACAAGCUUAUGCAAGUAACUACCUCAGAUCGGUAUGUGAAAUACCAUGUUCAAGAGUUCGAGAAGACUCUUUCCAUUAGACUUCCUGCUUGCUCAAUAGCUGCAAACAAAUACAUAGAUGCAAGUAUGACGAUUUUAGAUGUUCAAGGCGUGGGUUUAAAAAAUUUGAUUAAACCUGCGAGGGAAGUCAUUAUGCGGUUGCAGAAGAUUGACAAUGACAAUUAUCCUGAAACUCUUCAUACACUGUUCAUCAUUAAUGCUGGCCCUGGCUUUAGGCUUGUUUGGAGUGCAAUAAGGCCCUUUCUUGACCCGAAUACUGCUUCCAAGAUUAAUGUUCUUGGCACAAAUUACAAGAGCGCAUUGCUUGCAUUUGUUGAUCAGAGCGAGUUGCCAGACUUUCUUGGCGGGAGCUGUACCUGCGCAAAUGAGGGAGGUUGUUUGAGAUCAGAUAAAGGGCCAUGGAAAGACCAAAAUAUAGUGAAGGCGCUUUUGAGCGGUGAAGCAAAGCAUUCCAUUCACAAAUUCAUGUCAAAUUGUAAAUGGAAGCGGGGUGAUGACAAGUUACAUUUCGUAAGAUUUAGUGAUAAAUCCAUAGCUCAGUCAGAAUCUGAAGAUGAGGAUAUUGCAUUAGCACAAAAAUAUCCAGAUUUAGUGGCAGCUGCUGUUUGUGAAGAAGUCAGUUGCUGAAGAGAUAGUACUAGAGUAAAGAAAGAUUGAAUGGAUUGCUGAAACGAUAAAAAACUGAGAUAUGUGGAUAAGCUGGAGCUUGGUGGCUAGUCUGGAGAGUUCAUUAUUAUCCCAGAUUCUUUGAUAUGUAUAAGCAUUAGAUGAGCAAACAUCUGUUUGUUCAUUGUACUUACUUCCAUAUUGAAAUUGUUUAUAAUUCUUUUGCCUAAUGUCAUUAAUUGUAUAGAACUACGAUGUGUUUCAGAAUCAGAAGCUCAUCAAACUUUGUUCCCUGCUCUACCCCUUCUUAUAUGAUCUUCAAAUAAAACAACUUCCGCAAUUUGCCUUGGAGC